GGAUAGGCAUAACAUGAAAGAAACAGAGGAUGGAUUUGAUCUGUUGUUGCCACACGUGAAAGUGAAAUGAGUCCAGCAGAACACUGCUUGCAACGGAUUUCGCCUAUUCUGAGAGCGUGACAACUGCCUUGAAAAAGAACUAUAUACUUCUGCAUACCUCAGAUGGGAUAUUUCCUCUUGUUUUGUGCACUGGAAUAAAGGACAAAAGAAGCAGUUUUUUCAUCAUGGAUUGUCAAGAAAAUGAGUACCAGGACCAAUGGGGGCACUGUGUCACCUGCCAACAAUGUGGCCCUGGACAGGAGCUCUCCAAGGAUUGUGGUUAUGGAGAAGGUGGUGAUGCAUAUUGCACAGACUGCCCUCCCCGAAAGUAUAAAAGCACCUGGGGACAUCACAGGUGUCAGACUUGCAUCACCUGUGCUGUCAUUAAUCGGGUCCAGAAGGCCAACUGCACAAAUACCUCUAAUGCUAUCUGUGGAGACUGUAUGCCCAGGUUCUACCGAAAGACACGCAUCGGGGGACUGCAAGACCAAGAAUGUAUCCCAUGUACAAAGCAGACUCCUUCUUCUGAGGUUCAGUGUACCUUUCAGUUGAGCUUAGUGAAGGUGGAUGCACAUACUGUUCCUGGUAAGGAGGCCACACUUGUGGCACUGGUGGGCAGUCUGCUGGUGGUGUUUACGUUGGCCUUCCUUGGACUCUUUUUCCUCUACUGCAAGCAGAUCUUCAACAGACAUUGUCAAUGUGUUGCAGGAGGUUCACUGCAAUAUGAAGCUGAGAAAGCAGUAGAAGAGGAUUCUCUUUUCCCCAUGCCAGCUGGCCAGGAGACCAGUCCUGAAUUUCCAGUGAAUGAGAGCAUCUUUGAGAUCAAGCCACUUAACUCUGUCCUGGAUGAUGACUGCAGCUCCACUCGUGGCUUCCCCACCCAGGAGUCCUUUACCAUGGCGUCCUGCGCUUCAGAGAGCCAUUCUCAAUGGGUCCAUACUCCCAUUGAAUGUACAGAGCUGGACCUGCAAAAGUUUUCCAGCUCUGAACCCUGUACUGGAGCUGAAACCUCGAGGGAGAACACAGCUGGAAGCUCUGGAGACAGGCUGCAGCUCCAUUUACCUUUUCAAACUCCCAGACUUUGACUCUACUGAGGUGAGCCAGAAGAGUGUUGUUAAAAGCCCAAAAUGUGUGGGCCACUCCCAACAAAUUUCCAACCCUAGCUCUAUUGUAUGACAGGGCUUGGGCAGAGGACUGGCAGGAAAUUAGGUCGAUGGAAGUUGGAGAGGCAACAGUUGUGGCACUAAGCUUUUGAGCUAAUUUUACAUCAGACUUGUAAGCCAACAAUUGUCUGGAGACUGGGAAGGCUGACAUGAUGCCAGUUUCUUCAUCUGGACCCCACUAGUCAUAUUCAAUUUUCUCCUUUAGUGUGUAUAAGCAGCACAGCAUUGUACAGGUCUAUACCCGGAUAAACCUCAGUUCCUGAAUAACUUUAUGAGCUCAUGGAAAUCGUUUUACCUCUUUCAGACUGGGUCUUCUACUCAUAAGUAUCAUGAGGAUUGAAUGAAAACACAUGUGAGUGUCCUUUAUAAUGUCUUCAUGAGAGGUGUUUACACCAUGCUGGCAUUUCCUUCCUUUCCCUGCAUUUGGCCACAAAUUACAAAUUUCUUCUAUAUUCACUACAUUUUUUCUGAACUUCAUGUCUUUGUGGUAGGCAAAUCAGAAAUAUGCUAAUCUCAUUGUAAACAGGCAAGAAUUGAGCCACAGAGAUGAAAAAUGAUUUGCUUAAAGUCACAGAGCAAUCCAAUCUCAGAACUAGGCUAGAGCCCAGAAUUAGUAGUCCCAUUAUAGAGUUCAUCUAACUCCAUCAUUGGAUUUUGAAAUAUAGGUAUAUGUAGCUCAAUAUGUCACAUAUAUAUGUGAUAUAUAUAUAUAUAUAUAUAUAUACGUAUAUAUAUAUGUGUGUGUGUGUGUGUGUGUGUGUGUGUGUGUGUGUUUGUGUGUAUAAACAUCUUGGGAAGAAAACAGAACAUAUACAAAAUUCAUUUAUGCUUCAUAUACACCUUAAACAUAUAUCCUCAAGGUACUUUCAUGUGCUAUUUUUAGUACAAGCUGUCAUGUGUGAUCAAGCGUGAAAUGUUGCACUUAAGGUGUCAUGUGAAAUAGUUAUAAAGUUUUGAGCAUUUGGGAUUUUGAAUCUUAGAAUUUCGGACUAAGGAUGGCCAAUCUAUUUCUUCAUCAAGAAGUUAUGCAGUUCUUGUUCAUACAUUGCAGUGAACAAGAGCUCACAACUGCCCAAUGUGUAGUACAGCUAUGACUGAAAAGGUGAACUUAACAUAAAAAGCAUAAUUGUAUCUCAUCCUCACUUGUGGGUUCUGGUUCUAUUGCUUGUGCCACACAUCUGAUUCCUCUGCAAUGUGAGAGAACUGAUGACAGCAUCUGUCUGGAGAGCAUCACUUUUGGUUUUUCUCCAGUACAUAGUAUUGAUAAUUUAACCCAGUUUCAGUAAAAUUACUUUGGCUAAUUUGGAAUAGGAUAGACUUGUCAUGUCUAUUAGGCAGGUGAUAUAUUUCUGCUAUUGUGUCCUAAAUCACUGAUCUAACCAUGAACUUUUAGAGUAAAGGGAAAGGAGGGUGGUGAUGAGACUGCAUCACAGCAUUCUAACUUACUCUACUCUUUUUCUAGGUCUCUUUCACUCUUGGCAACCUUGCCGGUGGUUAUUGCUGGACUUUCCUGCUCUUCUUCUGUUCAACAACAGUAGCAUGGGCCUGGAAUGUAGGCCCCACAAUAACCAAUACUCUAAAAGGGUAUACAGAACUCCAUCCUACCUGAGGGUUAAAUCUCCACCAUUUCCCCAAGACUGAUCUUGAGCAUUUUUAUUUAUUUAUUUCAGCCUGGGAACCAGCUUCCACAGCCAUGGAACUGCUGGGCAUGCUCUUUCUCUUUAAUUCAUUAUAGAGGUGGGGGGUGCUGAUAAACAAAGUAGUGAUUUCCUGCCUGUAUAUUUUUCCUGCCUACAUUUUUUUCAGUAUGAAUGAAGAAAGGGCUUUACAGAACUCUACCGACAUCUACCUACUACUUUAGAGAGAAAAAUGAAAUGCUUUCCAUGUUAACUUUCUGCUUUGACAUGCACACACACACACACACACACACACACACACACACACACACACACACACACACUCCUCACCCUCGCAGAGUGGAAGGAUAUAUAGAGAGACAUCAUGGGGAGGCCUGAACACACACACACACACACACACACACACACACACUCUCUCUCUCUCACACACACACACACACACAUACACGGUGGGAGGAUAUAUAGAUAUAGAGAUAUCAUGAGGGAGGCCUGAAGCCUUGAUUCUACAACUCAUGUCUUAGACUUCUACAGUCGUGAUAGCCCUGAAGCCAGCAUAUUUGCUCGAGUCUCCAUUCUUAAAUAUUAAGCUGCCAACACUCUCUAGGGUGAUGCAAAUUAGUGUCUUUUAGAGUUUAAAUUUUUCUUUUCUUAAAUUCUUUCCAUUUUUUUUACCUUUUUCCCUUCCAGUCAGGUCUUGACUGUGAAGUUUCUGAGGUGCAGGAGUAGAGCACUGAGGAGCAAAGGGGACCAAUUGGUGCUUUUUGGCUUAAAGAAUAGUCCAUUCAUUUCUCUUAAGCCUGAACCUCCAGUUUCACAUGCUUCUUAACAUGAACUGAAAGUUUUUUCUUUAUAACCUUUCUGUGGAACAUGGCAGAUGUGAUCCUCAGGACAUAGAUGUGAGCAUCAUGUAUUGAUGUUAAGUAUCCCCUUAUGUCUAAAAAGAGCCACUAGUUUUAAUGCCUAUGCCCUCAUAAUGGUCCAGUCAAAUGAGUAAAACAACUGGAUCUUUUUGCUUGGGAGUAGUGUUUGCUGUCCAUGAUGUUGGUAUGACUUAAUUUAUUGAAAAUUCAUUUAAUUUAUUCAAAACAAACUAAAUAUAAGCACAAUUAUUCUGGUCAUGAUGUUAAGAUUUACUAUAAAUAUGGGUGCUGCACUUUACAGUAUUCACAUCAGAGAUGUUGUCUCCAUAGCUCUUUAUACAAACUUUGGUAUAGGCAGUGAAGGGGUUACUCAGUGAAAUAGGCGUGCAUAGCAAGGCUAGAAUGUUUUCAGUCAAUUCUCUUCAUUUGAUACUCCCUGAUGACUUUUAUAAGGUAGAAGAGAAGGGAAUGAAUGCAUACAAGUAUUCCCUUAAUACAAAAGUGGCAGAGGCAGAAGUACCAGAAUUUUGAGGCAGGUCUGCACAGCAUUGCAAGAUUCUUUGUCAAAACCCAAGGGAUAGGAAUUUAGUUAGUGAUGGAGUACUUGCCUUUAGCAUCAACAAGGUCAUAGAUUCAAUCCUAGCAUUACAGAAGAAAGAGAUUGGUGGAGGAAGGAAAGGAUAGAAGGAAAGAAGGAAAUAAAGCAUUUUCACCACCAAGAAAUGCAAUAGAUCCCAUAAUCUGCUGGUGCUGCUGAAGCUGUAGUAGAGUUUUCCAUUGGAAAAUGUCACAUGAGUUCAUCUUAGGGGCUUUUCUUGCCUUUCCUACUACUAGCUCUUAAAUACUGUUUAUACAAUUUUUUCUGCUUGCUCUUGGGUCCCUAGACUCAUAGCAUUCUGUGAGUCUGAUGGACGGUUCAGUGGAUAUUCAAAGAGCAGUGAUCCUGAGCUGUAGCAUAUAAAACAGAAAGGAAAUUUCAUAUGGGUCUCCUGGGCCUUAUUUCAUAUUUGAAGUUCUAUAUUUCUCCACCCCUAACAGGAAGCCAGGCUGAAGUUUGAUUUUUCAGUACCCUACAGAACAUUUUUUAGUCAACUUUUGCUUUCCUAUGUCUGGGCUCUCCAUACAACCACCCAACAGACCUCUAAAGAUACCUCCAACCUAUUUUCUGUUAGCUAAGUGAUGAUGUGAAACAUGCCCAAGGUAUUGGUAUUUCUUUUGACAUCUCAGUUAGAUGCCUAGUGUGCUGUCCAUUGGUUCGUUUUGAAUGCUAAUUUUUGCAUUAGCUCUUUAUACUUUUUUAUGAGCAGAUAGAACCAAGAGGCACCUUGAAGAUUAUAUUAUUUUUAUUGUCUCAGAAUCAUUCUGAAUCUUGUAAAGCUAGUUUCUAUCCUACAAGUGCUUGGUGGUUAAGGUAAAAUGUGGCCUUCAUCACCAGAUUUUAUCCCUAACAGAGAGUAUUUUCUACAAGAUUUCUGGUUUUAGGAUUCUGUUAAGUGUAUCUUUAAUAACAGCUCAUCCACAAACACUGGUUAAGGACCUUAAGGUCAAAUCAAUGAUAAGUGUGUUAAAAGCAUGGGAGAAAAAUGCUAAAAGGUCCCAUUGUACUUGGCAGGGGAUUAGAAGCAAUUGAAUCACAAGCCUUCACCAGGCAACCUGGUCUCAUGUAAGCAUUAGCAAAUAUGUGUGAGCCAAUGUUUAAACCUUGGUCUUUGGGCUCACUGUACUUUUUUCUGGGACAUUUAUUGUCAUCUCACCAACUUUAAUUAGUCAUAUCUGUACUUCUGGUGGAGAACAACUAACACCCAGUCUGAGGUGGAUUCAGCUUAAGUAAUUUCCAGCUGUUGAAAGGUCACCAUGUGCCUAGCACUGCUUCAAACUCAAAUCUAUCACUGCUUCUCAGUGAGAAGGAUUGUGAUGAUUGCACAGCAAAAACAAUGUGAUUAAAUGAGCCAGGCAUCCCACUACACUGUGGUUGUACAUAGCAAGGUCAUUAUAAGCCCGUACCAAAAAUCAUCUUGGUUCCAAUUUUCUUAAAUUAAGCAGAUGGAGUUGGUAAUUAAAAUAAGGACGUUUUGUUUUCAUUUGGUUUCUAAGGUAUCUUGAGUAGAAGUGAAGGAUGUUUUUUUUUUUUCUUUAAACUGAUAUUUGGCCAUGGCCAAAUUCAUAUUUGCAUGUUUGCUCAAGUAGUGUCCUUAUAAAGUGGGACAACAUUGUGUACUAUGUUUUUAUGUGUCUUCUACUUGGGGAUCUAAGUAAGUAGAAGAAUCCAUUAUAAAUGUAUUCAACCUAACUCUGAGCCUGGACGUAGUUCCAUUUUACAUAUUUGAAUUAGCAAAAGAAUGUUGAUCUUGUUUACAAGGCUGAAGUAGGUGUUUAGUGGAGGUGAGUCAGGCUUCAGUGUUCACUUUUUUCCUCCACUUACAGUUUCCCUGGAAUUUUGAAAGGUUUUAAGUAGUAUGGGAGAUCAACUUUCUUCCAUAAGGGUCUUAAUAUCAGGUUAAGUAAAAAUGUCAACACUACAUCACUCUCUUCAACAAACAUCAUCGACACACUGAGAUGUCACCCUCGUACCCACCUCUACUCAAUUUAUUACUAAGGUCUUUGGUGUUUUGUGUUUAAUGUAGGAAGAUUUUAAUUACUACUUUUCUUAAAAUGAGCUAUUUGUAGAGAUUUUGUUAAAUCUUGAGCAAGAUGCAUGUGUGGAUACUGACAAGUUGUGUUUGGUUUAUGAAAUCUGCAAACAGUUCAUAUGAAUCAAUAAAAGAUGUACAUCCAA